AUGACGGCGCAUGGAAUUGAUUUAAGCACUCUAAAGGACUGUCUCCAGUUCCUAAAGUGGUUGAAUGAUUCUCAGCAGAGUAGUAUGAGAGGUAAGGUUGCUGAAGAACUGGCUAGGCGUGUUAGUGAUAAAUAUAAUAGUGUGAAUACACGUGAAAUUCAAAAUGCACUGUCCCAAUUUCUCGGCCACGUAACAAAGUUUCAUAGAAAGUUAUGCCACAACCCAGCUGCAGGCAUUUACCGGGGUAAAAACGCAAACGAUAUUACCGAAGCUCUCCUCGAAUGCAUUCCUAAGUUUCUUACCGCAUUGUACUAUCUCUGGUAUGACGUGAAUGCAACAUUCGGAACUCUGGGAGGCGGAGGGUGGAAGCUGGAUUAUCCUGGAUAUGAGAGGGAAUGGAGGAUGUGGAGUUCCAGCGGCGGUGACUUGCAAAAAUAUUUCAGAGCAACAGUUAGUGACGCUGAAAACUACGGUGGCAUUAUACCUGGAGGUUUCGGUUUCCAAGAGAUUCGACAUAAUGACGAUUGGUAUGGUUACUAUCAGGGAUAUUUAAUGGAAGGUGACAUUAAAAACAUUCUAGACAAACAAAAGAAUCAAUUUUUCCGCGACAUUUUUGCCACUUCGGUGGUCUCCAAAUCCGGCCUCCACAAGGUGAACACAGCUAACGCGCUUGCAUUGGUGGGAACUUUUUGUGAGAUUGUGGCCGAUGCGGAAAAGAAAAAACAAGUAGAUCAACUGAAAAAUGUUGUAAAGCCUCCAGACAAAUGCAUAAAUUGGGGCCAUUUAAAAGAUCAUUGCGCUCAGCUUCAACGUCAAUUUAGCAAAAUUUUCAAACGUCAACGCUUUUCCCAUACUGGAGAGUCGCCGAAACUUAAAGACCUCAACACCCGAAAAUUUGCGCAAAGCGCCGCGGAUUGGUUGAGAACAAAUUUGGAGACAGUACGUACGAAUUUGAGCAAUAUAAGUACAAGCGGCCCAAACAUUCAGCGAUAUCGCGACAAUCUGGGAGAAUAUUUCACCAAACAUUUUUUCCCCUACGGUUUCACAUUUGAUAACCACUAUGGGAUAUCGAGCAAUGUUGCAAAGAAUUUGCCAAAGGAAUUGAACGGUGUAAUUGUUGAGUUUGUUAAACGAAAAAAUGGCUUGGAGAAAUUGAGGGAAAUUUUGGAGGGGGAAAAUUGUCCAGAUCAACCCAAGUCUUCUUCAGAAACUGUGUCGCCCAAUGCUAAAGGAUCUGGAACAUCCGUUACCACGGGCGGCGGGGGUGGGCAAAAAGGCGGAACACAAGGAAAUGCUACGCCCGGAUCAACCAGCUCAGUAACGUCAAAAGGAGCCGCCAACAAAACCGAAGCGACAACACCCAAGGCCGCAGAGCCUACGGCCCCUAAAUCCGAGGCGGUGAAGCCGCCUGCCACUACAACAACAGCUACGCCACCUCAGGGUAAAAAAGCUGACGGAACUCCAGAUCAAGGCACUGCAGGGAAUGGACCGCAGAACACGGGAAGCAGAAAUCAAGGAGCUUCGAAUCAAAAUAAUGGUCAAAGUGCAGCACAUCCUGCAACUUCAUCAGUUGUCAAAUCUCCCACAUCUCCGAGUCCCGGUGGUGCAGGAGCGUCAGGGACGCCAGGGGCUAAAGGUGAUAAAGGCAAGCAAGGAUCUCCUGACUCAAAGCCAACGAGCGUAGUUCAGACAGGACAAAAUAAUGUUCAAAAGCAACAGCCUCUGCCUCCACCCCAACCAGCGCUUACACCUCAAGCCACUCCCCCCCGUGCUCCUGCAGUCCCUGGCCCCAAUGGUUCGCCAAGUGGCGGUGGUGGUGCGGGUCCAAAGGCUGGUGACACUUCAUCAUCUGCCAAAUCUCAGCCUUCAAGUGUACAACUUCCAGGCCCUCAGUCAUCCAGUGCCUCUGGUAACAGUGGUGUUAAGGGGUCUGCUUCUGUGCCUGGUCCAACAGGUGCUAAGGGGCAGGAUACACAGGGCGGUAGUAAUGCAGGUACGCAGCCUGCUGGCGCUUCACAGAGUGUUACAACUCAGCGUUCAAGUGAUUCCAGUCCUGUCCCUCCGUCAUCUGGUGGACCUGGUAUCGGUGGUGGUCAGGUGUCUACUGCUGUGCCUGGUCAGCAAGGUGAUAAUGGGCUGGGAGCACGGGGCGGUGUUACUGAUAGUUCACGGCCUGCUAUCUCUACAUCCGCUGGACAACUUUCAACACCAGGUGCUUCAACUUCAGGCCCUCAGCCAUCUGGUGCCUCUGGUUCCAGUGGUGGUCAGGGCCCGGGUGGACAGGGACCUGCUUCUGACCCUGCUCAAUCACGUGAUCAAGUGGUUCAGACAAGUCAAAUAAGCAAUGGCACGUCAUCCGGUGAUUCAGGUGCUGAUUCAGGUGGCGGGGGAGAUAGAGCUGGAGGGGGUGGGAAGCAAAAACCGGUUGCGGCUAUAACAAAAUCCAUACAAUGUUCUGCCAAUCAAAUAGAAUCUGUAGAUAUGUCUGGCAAACCAUUCUGUCGGAAUAAACCUAAUACGUCUUAUCGCAAACCUCUGUCUGAAAACGCCGUAAAUAAAAUAACAAAUGCAUAUGAGAAAACAGUCGUUGAAAAUAUACUGAAUGAACUUAAUACCAAACAUCCAAAUCGUAGAAUUCUGCAAUCUCGAAUUCCACCCACCCCUCCAAGUCAGCCCAGCCGUCCUGCUCCCGGGCCUUACCCUCUGCCUCCCGGUGGCCGUGAUGUUCAAGGACGUCGGUACUAUGAGCCAGCAGAAGGUAGAGGUAGGCAUGACGAUGGUAGCAUGGCUGUUAAUCAACCUUCCGAAUUUGAUGGUCAGCCAAUUCCAGAUACCGCAUCCAAGGAACUACAGGAACGAAUAAAGAACAAAGUUGAGGGCAUAAAAUUUCUGAAAUCGUUGGAAAGUAAAGCUCAGCAGGAGGAAGUGGAACAGCUUCGACGAGAUGAAAAAACGGUAAACGCGGAACAAGAAAAGAAGGCUAAGGCGGAGUGGGAAAAGCGGAAACAACAGGGUAAAGGAGUGAAAAAGCAUGAUGAGGAUUUAGAUAGAAUACAGAAAACAUUGCAACGUAGCAACAGGGCUAAUGAAGCGCGCUUAAGACAGGAAGAGGAGCAGAGGAAAUUUAUAGAGGCUGCGCCGCAAUUAGAUGGCUCGCAGGCAACCGACGAUGCCUAUGGUGAGCGCUGGCCGUGGUGGUAUCCUGGUCUGCUGUAUCGCGAAGUGACGGGUAAACCUAUCGACGAUGAUCUGCCAGAGCAAUUGCAAGAUCAACGGGAGCGACUGUUUCAUGAGAAAAUUCAAGAUGAUUUGGGUCGACACAUAGACGAGCGGAAAGAGCUGAAGACAUUGGAGCGGCAAGAAAAGGAUCGAAUCGAGCAACACAACAAGGAUGCGGAGGAGAAAUUAAGACAGGGGAGGAUUCAGCAUAUGCAAUUGAAUCCGCCAAUUACAACUGUUCUUCCUCCAUUGCCUGAUCCUCGCGAAUUGCCAGAUUCACUCAAGCAUCCAGAUAUUACAUUCAAAGUAGUAGACGAUACCGACGGGCAAAGCUUUGCGCAGAAGAGUCAGGAUGCAGCGCAGCGUAUUAAGGACUAUUACGAGGAACAGAAGCAACGUGUAGAAGACGAAAAGAAAGUGUAUAAAGAAGAAUUAGAACAGAAAAUGAAGAAUGCUACCCAGGCACAUGUGGAGAGCAUAAAGCGUGCUGGAGAAAUUGUUCAAAGCGAAAUGUUACAAAAAAAGUUCCACGGCGGUGACUUCGAUAUCGCUUUGGCACCAUCGCUAAAAGUGGAUGAUUUCGAAGAAAACGCACAUGAAGCUUAUCGAAUUUACGGUCCAAGCCCUAAAAAAACGCCCGAUAAAAUUUUCGAAUAUAAUCCCAAAUGGAACAAUGUUAUAAACUACGGUCUCAUCGUUGAUCCUAACCCCAACAUGUGCAAUAAUCCAUGGAAUUACGCUCACGAUUCUGCCACCUCAUCAACCCUCCCCCCUCCACCAGACUCCGACCAUCUACCACCUCCCACCAACGUCAAGGCCAUGCUCUUCUGGCUGGUCGGUCUCAAUACGUACGGACUUAUUGCCAAGAUGGAGAGACACAUGGAAAAUAUACUCAAUGAAAUUAACGGCGAUACAUUCUACCCUAAGUAUGCCCUCCAGGUCAACGGGGAUCUAUCCUCCUUGUCCGCAUCGCAUAUCGCCGACACCCUUACCGAGGCAUGUCUCUACUCCGCACACGUCCUGAACGGAAUAAUGCGUAUGCAAUCCGGCGAUGCUCUAUCUGACAUCGACUUCAAAUUAGAAUAUGAUAAGCUUCAUUAUUCCCCCGACCCCGCCUGUCUCCUCUGCCAGCUGCGGGACUACGUCUACGCCUGCUGCCACCAGUUGCAGUUCCUCAAGUCGCAAUGUAGUCGGGACAAACUAAGUGGCGGGUGGCAAGAUUGUGGGUAUGGCAGUGACAUCACUGCUUCCAAGUCCCCCCUCCAGGCGUUCCUGACUGACGGCUGGGACUCCGACUUCGACACUCACCCCUUCGACCCGUGCAACCUGUGCCACAAGAGCAGGGUCAGGAUGGGAUUUCAGGCGAAUGACUUGCCUAAGUCAUCGCAACAAGGCAGUGCCAUUUCCUCCAUCCUCACUCCCAGCUGCGGCGGCGAUGACCCCUUGCUGACCUUGUGCUCCUACCUCAACUGCCUCACCAGGCGGACGCCGCGCACAACCGGGGAGUUGGUGUCGUUCUUCCAUCAUUUCGGUAUCGAGUUGCACGAUUUCGAUCAGAGUAAGUUGUCCAAGCUUGGCACCUCACUCUGCAAUCCACACCCCGACUGCCCCGACUGGGACCGUCUCAAGAACUCUUCCCUCCACGCCGUCAAAGGCAUCCGGGGUACCGAGGCUCUCAUAUCCAAACACAACUCUAACCACAACAACGAGCAUCCCCGUACGCUGUCCACACUGGUUGGAUGCAGCAGUGCCACUGCCAACUGCCCCCAGCAUUGCUCGCCAAUCACCUACCGGGCCUACGCCCUGUACUCCCAGAGCUUCGCCCAUACCUACCUCAGCUGGGCGGCUUACCUGCCGGACAGACUGUGGGAGUCACUCGACAAACUGCACUAUGAUUUGCAAAAACAUCUUGGCAGCGGUAAGUGUUCAUCGCUCCACUCAUGCCCCUAUGCUAUGCCCCUCCUCUACCUACACGGGUUCACGCCGCCGGGGGUGGGAUCGCAGCCUAAACUCACGUGUUCAGAUGUCACCGCCAAGCUGCAGGAAAUUGUCAACGGUGGCCCUAUCGCAACCCUCAUGACUGCCAUGGACAAUUUCCUCUACAACAUCCGGGAGCCAUUCAUCUUCACCCUCUUGACACUCUGGUCCACCGCGUUGCUGGUCCUCGCCAACACGAUGCUGUACCGCCUGGACGUGCUCCACAUCCGAUCACACCUUAUUCGCACCAAGGCUUCCCACCACAUCGACGUCAAGGCCUUACUCACUAAAGGACGGAAGAUGUUAUCACUUUACAAGGACGUCGACUACUUCGACGAGGACCCUAUUGGUCAACUUGCUCUUUAA